AUCAAGCCAAGGUGGAUACCGUACGUGAUUGGCUACCGUGACAUUGACGUCAGUUUCUGGGUGUGGAAAUUCUCAACAACAAAAAGAAAAGAUAGCUACAGUAGAGAAGAGGAACAACAAACAGAAGAGGUUGGGCCCGUAGAAAAUCUCGAUGUAACUAACAUUACAGAGAAAGACUUCAUUAAGAUUGCUGUAACCGAGUCCAGUCUAGACAUGGAAACUGUGAAACUUAUGAGGGAGCUGAUCGCCAAUUUUGAACAGGAGAGGAAUUAUCUUCCGAAGGAAACAGGACUCAGUUUGAUCGAAUCGACUGGAGAGAAUGACAGCAGGGGAAUCUCCGCUAAAUGUAGGGACACCAAAGUGGAGGACCUCUGGAGCCUGACCAGUUUCUUUGGGUACAGUACACAGACAUUCGUUCUGGCAGUCAACCUGCUGGAUAGAUUCCUGGCCAUGAUGAAGGUCCAACCCAAACAUCUAGCCUGCAUCAGCAUUAGCUGCCUCCACAUCGCAGCCAAAGCAGUCGAAGAGGAGUGCAACGUGUCUUCCACCAAUGAACUUAUUCGUAUCAGCCAGUGCAAGUUUACAGUCUCAGACCUCACUCGCAUGGAGAAGAUCAUUUCAGAGAAACUCAACUUCCAACUCAAAACCAUCACAGCCUUAACCUUUUUGCACCUAUACCACGGAAUCGCACGCUCACACACCGCAGACAGGAAGGAGGCCCUGAACCUCGACACACUGGAGGCCCAGCUCAAAGCCUGUCUCUGUCGGAUCGCGUUCUCCAAAGCUAAACCGUCAGUCUUGGCCCUGUCCCUUCUCACCCAGGAGAUUGAAGCCACGCAGUGUGUUGACAUGUUGGAAAUAGCCCAUCAUGUUCAGAGACAUCUCAAGAUCGCUGACGUUGAGCUGCUACACUGGAGGGGACUAGUGGCCAAGUGUAUGUCCGACUACUCUUCCCCUGAAUGUAGCAGACCCAACAAUAAGAAGCUGGUCUGGAUCGUGUCGAGGAGGACAGCUCAGAACCUUCACACCAGCCACUGCAGCGUCCCUGAACUGCCAACCAUUCCUGAGGACUGCUGGGACGAGAGCGAAAGUGAGGACUCGUGUGAAGACAUGAGUUCAGGGGAGGAGAGCCUGAGCAGUUCGCUGGGCUCUGACGCGGACGGCCCUUACUUCCCUCUGAACUUCCUCUGCCAAAGAUACCGCAACAAAUACCACCAUACCUCCUAGACCAAAGCCCUCUGCGGGAGCCACAGUGCCUAGGUUUCAAUCACCUUUUAAUACUGCAGGUUCAAGUUCAAUUUAUGCUAAAAACGUAGCUAAAAGUUUUGCAACAGAAAACAAGCGGUCAUUGGGCACGUUCAGGUAGUCCCUCCCUGUGACAGUCUAUUUUGUUCCUAGUGAAUUCAACCCAGAAAACAGCUUCUCUAUAUACCGUAAUUACAUUUGUUGGGACUUCUAUAGGGCUACCACAGUGUGGCUCAUUACAGCAAACAUAUCAAUAUACAGCAUAUCUUCUUUUAAGCUAAAAACAAACAUACAGAAAUGUGAGAAGGCUUGCACAAUCCUGAAGACAGGCAGCUGAAUAUUUUUUUUUGUAGAUGUAGCGUUUUAUUUUUUAUUUUUUAUGGUGGUGCGUGUUUGGAUUUGUCUCACAUUCCAGCCACUUUAUAAAUAUGUCCCAAAAUGGCACCCUAUAUAGUGUACUACUUUUGACCAGAGCCCUAUGUUCCCUGGUCAAAAGUAGUGCUUUAUAAAAAGGGAAUAGUGUGCCAUUUGGGAUACACUUCUACGACGUGGCUGGAUUUGUCUCACAUUCCAACCACAUGGCACACUAUUCCCAAAAGUUGUGCACUAUAUAAGAGAAUAGGGUGUACAUACUGUUGUUCAAAAAGGACGGUUGUUGUCUUGGGGGG